AUAGAGAUAGGGAUAGAUAUAGAUAUCGAGACUGAGAAGAAGAAGAACAACAGAGGAAGACUCCUCUUUAACGGUUUGAAUCCACGAUCUCAAGACAGAUUGUCCCACUACUAAAAUGGUAAUAUUAAGGUGGUUAAUUCCUUUUAAUGUUGAUGUGGCUACCAAAUCACAGAGUCAAUUGUAAGGCUUAGUUGUUGCAUCAAUUCUUCAAGUUUUACUAUCUUCCAACUUUGGAAAUGAUGAACAGCCACAACAAUCAUAUCAUGUGCAAUAUUCAUAUCAAUUUCUCCUCAAUCAAUUCCAAAUGUGCGAUUCUCAUCACUUUCCUUUCCAUGGUGUCUUUGCUCAUCAAUUUCAACAUGGCCACCGCUGACAAUGUGACGAGUAUGAUCAAAUGCAUAGAGACAGAGAGGGAAGCACUUUUUGCCUUCAAACAAGGCCUCCAAGAUCCUUCAAAUAGGCUUUCUUCUUGGACAGGCAAUGGUUGCUGCCAAUGGAGUGGUGUUCAAUGCAACAAGACAUCUGGACAUGUCAUCAAGCUUGAUCUGAGAAACCCAUUUCCAUCCAGCAGUUCUGCAAUUGCUGCGAUGGAUCAAGGUGACUACUACACAGCAUAUGGAAGGUCAUGUUUGGGUGGUGAUAUAAACUCUUCCUUGCUUGACUUGAAAUAUUUGCAGUAUUUGGAUCUAAGUUCAAAUGAUUUUAAAGGAACUCCAAUUCCUGAAUUCAUUGGUAUGCUUAAGAAUUUGAGAUACCUUAAUCUCUCAUCGGCAUCAUUUGGUGGAGAAAUUCCACCUCAGCUUGGAAAUCUAUCAGACCUAAAUCAUCUUGAUCUUAAUUCUAAAAUUUAUGGAUUAAGUACGAUAAACUUGCGAUGGGUUUCCGGUCUUUCUUCUUUGCGUUACCUUAACAUGGGAGGAGUAAAAAUCGACAUUGAAAAAGAUUGGUUGCAGGAAGUUAAUGUGCUUCCUUCUCUAGUGGAGUUACAUUUGCCAGGUUGUGAUCUUCAGAGCCUUCCAAUCUCACUUCCAUUCAUCAACUUCACUUUGCUUUCAGUCCUUGAUAUCUCAGGCAAUUCAUUUAACUCUUCAAUUCCUCACUGGAUAUUUAAUCUUACAAGACUAAGAACACUUGAUCUUAGCUCGAACUCUUUCCAAGGUACCAUUCCUAGUGAAAUUAUUAAUUUAAUUUCUCUGGAAUACCUUUAUAUGUCUGGUAGUGGGAAUUUUGAAAGUCAAAUACCGAGAUAUUUGGGGAAUCUUUGCAAUUUAAAGUUCUUAGACCUUUCGGGAAACAAUUUCAGCGGUUCCGUAGAUGAAAUUUUUAGUGGAUUCUUGGACUGUCCCAACAAUAGCUUGGUGUCACUUGAUUUAAGUGCUAAUUCGCUUGGUGGGGAAUUGCCUAAUUCAUUAGGAAUACUCAAGAAUUUGCAACAACUUGACCUCAGUUCGAAUUCUUUCUGGGGUUCCAUUCCAACUUCAAUUGGAAAUAUGUCGUCAUUGCAAUAUUUGGACCUUGGAUUCAAUAAUAUGAAUGGAACAAUUCCUGAAAGUUUUGGAAAACUCUCAAAGCUUGUUCAGUUGUAUCUCGAAGUAAAUCCAUGGGAAGGCGUCAUAACAGAAGUUCAUUUGAUGAAUCUCACAAGAUUAGAAGAUAUAAUAAUCAUGCCAAAGACAAAAUCGUCCUUGGUUUUCAAUGUUAGAUAUGAAUGGGUUCCCCCUUUUAGGCUCAAAUCACUUCAUCUAGAAAACUGCUUGGUUGGCCCCAGAUUUUCUCUAUGGCUUCAAGUUCAGAGUGAACUCACCAAGGUAAUCCUUACAAAUGUUGGAAUUGAGGACAACUUACCUGAAGAAUGGCUUUCCAAGAUUUCUGCUCGGCUCACCUAUUUGGAUCUAUCUCACAACCAAAUCAAAGGGAAGCUUCCAAAGAAGUUAGAAUCUCCAAUAGUAAAUGCUAUUGACUUGAGCUAUAAUCACUUUGAGGGUCCACUGCCACUUUGGUCAACUAAUACACCCCACUUUUAUCUGCAGAGCAACUUGUUUUCAGGAUCUAUACCAUCAAAUAUUGACAAACUAAUGCCGCAACUGCGAUAUUUGUAUCUCUCAGAGAACCUUUUGUAUGGAACAAUCCCCUCAUCCAUUUGUACCAUGAAUAACUUGGAAGUACUUUCCCUCAGGACAAACCAAUUAUCCGGGGAGCUCCCACAGUGUUGGAAUGGGUCACAACCCUUGUGGGUUGUAGACGUGGCAAACAACAAUCUCUCCGGUAUUAUUCCAAGUUUAAUGGGGGUCAUCAAUUCUCUCAAUAUAUUGAUGUUGAGCAAUAACAACCUAGAGGGUGAAAUUCCUUAUUCCUUGCAGAAUUGUUCACUUUCGAGUAUUGAUCUCGGAGGAAAUAGACUAUUUGGAAAGUUACCCUCAUGGAUAGGGGAGACUAUAACUACGAUUUGGAUGCUACGGUUGAAAUCAAACUCUUUUAGCGGAGUCAUCCCAAAACAAUGGUGCAAUCUUCCACAUCUUCACAUCUUAGAUCUUGCAAACAACAACAUUUCAGGGGUUAUUCCCAACUGUUUACACAAUUUAAGUGCAUUGGUUUAUGAUAAUGAAAGUAUUUCAUACUCAGGCUUCAACCGCUUUCACCAAUACAUUUACGUGGAGCGAACAACUGUGGUGGCAAAAGGUAGAGAACUUGAAUAUGGAAGAACUCUUCAAUAUGUCAAUAUCAUUGAUCUUUCUCGAAACAAUUUAAUGGGUGAAAUCCCUGAAGAUAUCACAAGUCUCAUUGCAUUAGGAACCUUAAAUCUUUCGUGGAAUCAGCUAACAGGAAGCAUCCCUAAGAAGAUUGGAAACAUUAGAUCGUUGGAAACACUCGAUCUUUCAAACAACAAUCUUUCAGGACCCAUUCCACAAAGCAUCUCAUCUUUAACCUUUUUGAGUCACUUGAAUCUAUCUCAUAAUAACUUGUCAGGAAGAAUCCCAUCAGGAAACCAGCUCCAAACACUCGAUGAUUCAUCUAUUUAUGCAAACAACCCUUUAUUGUGUGGAUUUCUUCUUCCCACCAAGUGCUCGGGUGAUGAAGAUCAUACAUCUAAUUCAUCUACUUCUGGUAGAGGCGGCUCAGAAGACAAUGGUGCUAAGAAUGAUAACGAAAUGCUCUGGUUCUAUGUUAGCAUGGGCUCUGGAUUCCUUGUGGGACUUUGUGGUGUUUGCUUCACUUUAUGGAUCAAAGUGUCAUGGAGAAAAGUUUAUUUUCGGUUUGUAGGGAUAGCAUAGUUAUUGUUUAUUUUCCUAUGUUAGCUGUUGUGAUAAGAUUUUUAAGGUACAUAUGAUGGGUUUUUCUAUGUUUAUUACUAAACUUGUUUAUGUUGUCACCUAAGCUUUGUAAACAGAGGCAAAACUAUUGUUUAUUUUCCUAUGUUAGCUGUUGUGAUAAGGUUUGCAAAGUACAUAUGAUUAUCAG